AUGGUUUCAGUUCAUCAGAGGCGAUCAGAACAAGAGCCCAGCUGUAUGUCUAUGAGGAGUGAUUCGUCUGUGGAUCAGCCAUUAGAUUUUGAGAGUAGAGAAAGACAGACUGAUCUCAGCCAUGAUGUCCUAAACGCAUUUAGAUCAAAUCUGAUAAAGAAGUUUCAGUGUCUGUAUGAAGGAACAGCAAAGCAGGGAAACCCAACACUCCUGAAUGAUAUCUACACAGAGCUCUACAUCACGGAGAGUGAGAGUGGAGAGAUCAGUAAUGAGCAUGAGGUGACGCAGAUUGAGAGACAAUCCAGGAGAGCAGCAACAGAGGACACAUUGAUCAAAUGUAGUGACAUCUUUAGACCUUUACCUGAACAAGACAAACCCAUCAGAACUGUGCUGACAAAAGGAGUCGCUGGCAUUGGAAAAACAGUCUCUGUGCAGAAGUUCAUCCUGGACUGGGCUGAAGGACAAGAGAAUCAGGACGUCCAGCUCAUAUUUCCUCUUCCUUUCAGAGAGCUCAAUCUAAUGAAGGGGAAAACACUCAGACUUUCAGAUCUUCUUUAUGUAUUUUUCCCUGAAACAAAAGAAAUGGAAAUAUCCAGUGACAAAUAUAAAGUGUUGUUCAUCUUUGAUGGUCUGGACGAGUGUCGUCUGUCUCUGGAUUUUCAGAGCGAUGUGAGGUUGUGUGAUGUAAGUGAAUCAGCAUCAGUGAACGUGCUGCUGAAGAACCUCAUUGUGGGGAAUCUGCUUCCCUCUGCUCUCAUCUGGAUCACCUCCAGACCAGCAGCAGCUGAUCUCAUCCCCUCUGAGUGUGUCCAUCGAGUGACAGAGGUACGAGGCUUCAGUGAUCCACAGAAGGAGGAAUACUUCAGGAAGAGAAUCAGAGAUCACAGUCUGGCUGAUAGGAUCCUUUCACAUCUGAAGUCAUCAAGGAGCCUCUUCAUCAUGUGCCACAUCCCAGUCUUCUGCUGGAUCUCAGCCACUGUUCUGGAGAAGAUGUUGAGUCAAGCAGAGAGUGGAGAGAUUCCCAAGACUCUCACUCAGAUGUACACACACUUCCUGAUGCUUCAGACCAACAUCAAACAUGACAAGGACUAUGAGAAUAACAUGACUGUUAAAGACAUGAUCCUCAAACUGGGGAAAGUGGCUUUUCAGCAGCUUGUGAAAGGCAAUGUGAUCUUCUAUGAGGAAGACCUUAGAGAGGGUGGCAUUGAUGUGACAGAAGCAUCAGUGUACUCAGGAUUGUGCACUCAGAUCUUUAGAGAGGAGCUUGGCUUGUUUCAGGGGAAAGUCUUCUGCUUUGUUCAUCUGAGCAUUCAGGAACAUCUAGCAGCUCUAUAUGUGCACCUCUCCUGCAUAAACAACAACAUAAAUGCGUUUGACCAAAUCAUUAAACAGAGUUUGUGGUGUACAUUUAAGGACUGGUUUCAACUUCAUUCAUCAAAGCAUGUUUCAUUGUCUGAGUUGCAUCAGAGAGCUGUGGAUGAGGCUCUACAGAGUGAAAAUGGACACCUGGACAUUUUCCUUCGGUUCUUUCUGGGUCUCUCAGUGAAGUCUCAUCAGAUUCUCCUACUAAUGAAAUUGACAAGAAGAAGCUCUGACAGCAAUGAGGCAGAAACUGGCAGAAAUAAGAAAACAGUUAAGUACAUCAAGAAGAAGAUCAUGAUCAUUAAGGCUCCAGAGAAAUCCAUCAAUCUGUUCCACUGUCUGAAUGAACUGGGUGAUCAUUCACUAGUGGAAGAAAUUCAGCGUUAUUUGAAAUCCGGAAGAAUAAAAAAAGCCAAACUUUCUUCAUCUCAGUGGUCAGCUGUAGUUUUUGUGUUGUUGACAUCAGAGAAGAAGCUGGAUGAGUUUGAUAUAAAUGAAUUUGUUGGAGAAAAAAAUGAUACCGAAAAACAGCAAAUUUUUAAGAAGCUGUUGCCUGCGAUUAAAGAAUCCAGAUCAGUUCAGUUAAGUGACUGUGGUCUCACAGAUGAAGGUUGUGCUGCUCUGGCUUUAGCACUGAGAUUAAACCCUUCACAACUGAGAGGACUGGAUCUGUCUGGAAAUAAACUAAGAGAUUCAGGAUUCAUGCUGCUCUCUGCUGUACUACAGAAUCCUGAAUGUAAAGUGGAGGAAUUGUGGUUGAGUGAUUGUGGUCUCACACAUGAAGGUUGUGCUGUUCUGGCUUCAGCUUUGAGAUUAAACCCCUCUCACAUAAAAGGACUGAAACUGUGUGGGAAUAAACUGGAUGAUUCAGGAAUCAUUCUGCUGUCUGCUGUACUAAAGAAUCCUGACUGUAAACUGGAUAUAUUGUGGUUGAGAGAUUGUGGUUUCACAGAUGAAGGUUGUGCUUUUCUGACUUCAGCUCUGAGAUCAAACCCUGAACACCUGAGAGAACUGAAUUUGUCUCGUAAUAAUAUAGGAGAUUUAGGAGUCAUGCUGCUGUCUGAUGUACUACAGCAUCCUGAUUGUAAACUCGAGAAACUGUGGUUGAGCUACUGUGGUCUCACAGAUUUAGGAUUUGCUGCUCUGGCUUCAGCUCUGACAUCAAACCCUGAACACCUGAGACAACUUAAACUCUCUGGAAAUAAACUAGGAGUUACAGGGGCCAUGCUACUGUCUGAUAUAAUGCAAAAUACUGACUGUAAACUGGAGAAACUGCAGUUGAGUAAUUGUGGUCUCACAGAUGAAGGUUUCUCUGCUCUGGCUUCAGCUUUGAUAUUAAACCCCUCACAUCUGAGAGAACUAAAUCUGUCAUUUAAUAAACUAGAAGUAACAGGAGUUACACUGCUAUCUACUGUACUACAGGAUCCUGACUGUAACCUGGAGAAACUGUGGUUGAGGACAUGUGGUCUCACAGAUGAAGGUUGUGCUGUUCUGACUUCAGCUCUGAGAUCAAACCCUGAACACCUGAAAGAACUGGAUCUGUCUUGGAAUAAAAUAGGAGAUUUGGGCAUAAAACAUCUCUCUGCUGGACUUAAAGAUCCUCACUUUAAACUGCAGAAACUGGAGUUAAGGCGUUGUGGCGUCACAGUUGAAGGAUGUGCUGCUUUGGCUUCAGCUCUGAAAUCAAACCCUGAACAUCUGAGAUAUGUGAAUCUGUCUGGAAAUGAACUACAAAAAUCAGACGUGAAGUGUCUCUCUGAUCUAAAGGAUAAUCCACUUUAUAAACUAGAGAAACUAUACUCUUGACUCUCAGUAUUUAGACGUCAGUCCAGUUUUCUCAGGAUCAGCUGAUGGUGAAUAAAGAGCUUCUACAGAGACACA